AUGAUGAGAAAGUGGGAGGGAGAAGGGUCAGCUCCGAUAGCUCCAGCAAGCAGUAGCCGUGAUGAAGGAUCGGGGAGGAACUAUGAGGUGUUCUUGAACUUCAGAGGAUCUGACACCCGCUCCACCAUCGUUGAUUGUCUCUACAAAGACAUGAUCUGCGCAGGGAUCCGCGCUUUUAAAGACAGCGAAGAGCUCCAAUUUGGUGAAAAGAUUGAAGGUGGUCUCUUGCAAGCAAUCAAUGACUCUAGAAUUUAUAUCCCGAUUUUUUCCAAAGAUUAUGCUUCAAGUAAGUGGUGCCUUUAUGAGCUGGCACGCAUAGUGGAGUUAUCGAGAGAUAAUGAUGAGAAAGUGAUUCUCCCUAUCUUCUACGACGUGGACGUGGAUGAUGUCAAGCUUAAGACCGAUUUAUAUAAGGAUGCCUUCCAAAAGCACAAGAACGACUCUGGGGAGGAUUUAGCAAAGCAGUGGGAGGAGGCUUUAAGAGAGGUUACCAAAAUCAGUGGAAGGAAACUAAAAGAUCAUGGCCUAUAUGAACUUAUGAAUCUCAUAGUCAAAGAGGUUUCAAGUCUGUUAUGGACAAGAAGGACAAAUGUGCCUACUCAUUUGGUGGGAAUUAAAGAUCGAACGGAUGAGAUUAUGAAGCAGUUAGAUCUAGAAGCUUUUGAUGUACGGUUUAUCGUGAUUUAUGGUAUGGGUGGCAUCGGAAAGACGACACUAGCUGAGGCUGUCUUCAAACAAAUCUCCCCUCAAUUUCAGAGAUAUUGCUGCUUUCUUAAGGAUGUUCGGACUCAUGAUAUAAUAAACUUACAAAAGAAAUUGUUGUCCGACAUUUUCCAUUUGAGUUGCAGAAACCUAUACUUCAUUGAUGAAGGGGCUGACAUGAUCAAGAUGAGAUUUCAUGACAAGAAAGUUCUCAUUGUUCUUGAUGAUAUCGACAAUCGAGACCAAAUCAUGAGACUUGCCGGUGAGCCCAACUGGUUUGGUGGGGGUAGUAGAAUCAUCAUAACAACUAGGAAUAUUGAAUUCCUAGUAAAGGAAGGUGAGGAUGCCAAUGUCCUAGCCUCUAUUAGCGGACAAUUUUCAUUCUACAAUAUGCCAGAGAUGAAUUCACAUGAUGCUUUUCAACUUUUUUGUGAGCGUGCCUUGGGAUGUGCCGAGCCUCCAACUGAUUACAUGGAUAUUGCAAAUAAGCUAAUCAAUACACUUGGAGGACUUCCGUUAGCUCUCGAUGUUGUAGGUUCCACACUUCGCGGAAAAUGCCGAAGAACAUGGGAAGAUGCACUAUGUAAGUUAAAGAAGGUGAUGAAUGAGGAUGUCAAGAAGAAGCUAAUGAUAAGCUACGAAGCAUUAGAGCUUAAUCAACAACAAAUUUAUCUCGAUAUCGCAUGUUUUUGCUUUAACAAAGAGAAAACAGUUGUAGUUAGAUAUUGGGAUGCAAUUUUUGGGUAUCCGACCGAAAUCGAGGUCAAUAUCCUCAAACAUAUGUCUCUGAUAAAGAUAUCUAGCGAUGGUAAACUAUGGAUGCACGACCAACUUAAAGACCUUGGAAGGAAUAUUGUCCACCCAAAAAGUGGCGAAAUCCAUCUGAGGGGUAGCAGGCUGUGGUCUCCCAAGGAUGCCUUUUGUGUAGUUCAGACAGAAACAGGAACCAAAGACAUAGUGGCACUCAAUCUUGGUACACCUGACCCCAAUAAGAUGUACAGAUUUAAGCACAAGCAAUUUGAGGGCUUGGUCAACCUUAGGUUCCUUCAAUUGGACCACGGAAACUUUGAAGGAGACUUUAAGAAUGUUUUCUUUGAGUUGAGAUGGCUCUCUUGGAGCAAUUGCCCUUCAAAAUUCCGAGCUACCAACUUCGGGUUGAAGAACUUAACGAUUCUCAUGCUAUCUGGGAAUAACGUUACUGAAAAUUGGGGAGGAUGGUGUCAAAUCAUGGUAGCAAAACAGCUGAAAAUCCUACAACUCGAGGAUUGUCCAUUCCUUAGAAAGACGCCCAAGUUCUCUAUACUCUCGCAACUUGAGAAAUUGAUUCUUAGAUGCCUUCGACUAAGAAAGAUUGACAAGUCCAUCGGCAACCUACAACAUCUCGAUUACCUAGAGAUAAAGAGUAAAGCUAUUGAGUCGCCCCCGGAGUCCAUCGGCGGUUUAAAAUCUUUGACAGUUUUAAGAAUAGAACAGACACCCUCAAUGAAGCCCCACUCGAUUGGCAAUUUAGCAAAGGUGAAGCCCCUAAUCUUGCCACGCAAGGAACUUCAAAAGCUUCCUGACUCUAUCGGACAAUUGGACUCAUUACUUGAGCUAGAUGUUCGAUAUCUAAAAAUCAGUGAAUUACCUCAUUCUAUUGGAAAUCUUGAAAGGUUGAAAGUUUUACGCAUUCGGAAUUCCUAUCUAGAAAAGCUACCAGACUCGAUUGGGAGGCUCCAAUCAUUGGUCAAGUUGGAUUUGAGCGAUUCAAGAAUCAGGAGCUUACCUGAUUGUAUUGGAAAUCUCAAAAAGUUAAAGGUACUAAAUCUCAAUGAUAAUUGCAUAAGUGAAUUUCCGAAAACCAUAGGAAUGUUGGAAAAUUUGGAAGAGUUAGACGCUUGCUCUGAACAUCUGGUGGGGCAAAUUCCAAGUGAAAUCGGGGCACUAUCCUCAUUGAAAUAUCUAUACUUAUGCAAAGGUCGCUUUAGUGGAUUGCCCACAACGAUCAAUCAGCUUAAAAAUCUCCAAAUGCUUUCAUUAUUGUUUUGUGAUUCAAUCCAACAGUUGCCAGAGCUUCCCAAGAGUCUAAAUUUUUUAAGCCUCAUAUCGGAUUCGUUGACCACGAUCCCCGAUUGCUCAAACCUAACCAAUUUAGUUGACCUUAUGAUAAUUGGUUAUUCAAUUGAAGAACCCAACACACAAGGGAUCGUGAGACUACCUACUCCAAAACGAAUGGCCCUUCGCGUUGGAAAAAUGACCUUGCCUCCAACCAAUUUCAAUUCCCUCUCACAGCUACAAAGCCUCAGCAUAAAUUAUGCUGAGCCCCAAUCUCCUAUCGGGCUCCCAUCCAGCCUUCAAGAUUUGUGGUUAUGCGAUGUCCAGUCACCGAUAGAUUGGUCAGUCUUUUCCAACUUGGGGAAUUUGUCGAAGCUAUCUAUUAAUGGAUAUUCGCCGGGAGAGAUUCGAUUCAAGGUGCUUGGAGAGCUACAGAAAUUCAAUGAGUUGCGAAUGUUUGACUGUCCAUUGCUCAAGACGUUGCCCGUUCUGCCUUGUUUAAAGGAGAUCCAGUGUUUGUCCCUGAUCCAAUUGCCUCAGCUAAUUGAGAUUCAGGGUUUGGGAGAAUUGAAAUUAUUGCAGAAUUUGUCUAUUUGGUAUUGCAAUUCUAUCAAAAGGUUAAACAAAUCUGAUCUUUCUAAUCUACAAAAUCUGAAACGUUUGAGGUUCUGGGGAUGUAAAUCAUUAGAGAGGGUGCUGGGUGUGCCAAAAUCUUGUCGACUCACAGUCGAUGAUUGCCCGAGGUUCAAUAGAGAUGGAUAA